AUCGUUCUUUAAUCAUAGGACUUACGUUCACUUUCGAGAGACGACCAGUCGGGUCCUUACCGUCGCGAGGUGUGCUCGCGCAAUCUUUGACUGCUCUCUCGUCAAACAAGCCACUCUAUCAGUUACUCCGCGCGAUAAUUUCUCGGUUCAUUAUCAACCGUUGACACAUUCAUUAUUUUGUGAUACAAAAGUCACUUGAAUAAAUUUUAAAAAAUCGACAAUGCACCGACACUCCGUAGAGAUCGGGUCACCGAUCUUCAUGACGAUCAGUUGGCUGUGCAGCCUCAGUCUUGUUACCGCUGCAGCAUCACCCAUGGUCCACGUGAAAAAUGGAACUCUCGAAGGUAGCAUUAUGCAAAGCAGGAACGGCAGAGAAUUCGCAGCUUUCAGAGGCAUCCCUUAUGCCCAGCCUCCAAUCGGCUCACUUCGAUUCGAGCCACCAAAACCAUUUGGCUCCUGGUCUGGAGUGCGUCCGGCAAAGGAAGAUGCUCCGAUCUGUACCCAGAGAAACAUUUACACCCAUCAGGAGGAAAUCGUCGGUAUUGAAGAUUGUCUGUACCUGAAUGUUUAUAGUCCAGGAUUACCGUCAAACGAGGUUGAUGGAUCUCGAAAGAAUUAUCCGGUGAUGAUUUGGUUCCAUGGUGGUGGCUGGGUCACUGGCGCUGGUCAUUCCGAAUUUUACGGUCCAAAAUAUCUUCUCGAUCACGAGGUUGUCCUAGUGACAGUGAAUUUCAGACUCGGACCAUUAGGAUUUUUAAGCACGGAGGAUCUCGUCUCUCCUGGAAAUCAGGGAAUGAAAGAUCAAGCGCAAUCGAUCCGAUGGGUUCAUGAAAAUAUAGCGUCUUUUGGUGGCGAUCCUAAUCGCGUUACGAUCUUUGGCGAAAGCGCUGGUGGAGCUAGUGUCCACUACCACAUGAUAAGUCCCCUUUCGCAAGGACUUUUCCAUCGUGGAAUCUCACAGAGUGGCACGGUCUUGUGCCCCUGGGUAUUGACCAGACCAGGAAUUGCCAAAAAGCAAGCAAAUAAACUUGGUCAGCUUCUCGAUUGUCCUACCAGCACAUCCACUGAGCUUAUAAAAUGCUUGAAGAAAAAAGAUGCGAUCGACAUUAUCGGCACGGAUCGGGCUUUCCAGGUGUUCGAUUAUUGCCCUAUGAUUCCAUUCAGACCUGUGAUCGAACCUGAUCAUCCGGGUGCAUUCCUGAAAGAAGAACCAGCGCAAUCAUUGAAGUCUGGAAAACUGGCUGAUAUACCAUGGAUGACUGGCGUGACUUCUCACGAAGGCGCCAUCAGAGCCGCUGGUAUUUACGGCCUGGAGGAUAAAGAGCUUGGCAAACUGCUGGACAAAAAGUUCAUGGAACUCGCACCAACGACUUUGCUUUAUGAGGAUACGUGUCCUGGAAAGCUGAAAGACGAUAUUACGAAGAAAAUUCGUCAAUUUUAUUUGGGUGAUAAAAAAAUCGACGAGUCCACGAGAUCGAAUCUUAUUGACCUAUACACAGAUGCAUGGUUUUACAUCGCAGCUGACAAUGCCGUGAGAGAUCAUCUCGAGGCACUCAGUUCACCGGUGUAUUAUUAUUAUUUCGCGUACAGAGGAAGCUCCUCGUUCAGCAAGAUAUUCGGCGAUGAAAAAAACGAUUAUGGAGUUUCUCAUGCAGAUGAGCUGCAAUAUCUGUUUCCCGUUGGUGAACAACUUUUCAAGGAUACGCCCUUGACCAAGGAGGAUCAUAAAAUAGUCGACUUGCUCACUGGUCUUUGGGUAAACUUUGCCAGAACAGGAAAUCCUACGCCCCAAAAAACGGCCGAAAUUCCAGUCAAGUGGAAACCAGUAAGAACUUCCAGUCUCGAAUAUCUUCACAUCGGAGGAUCAAAAGAUCUUCACAUGGCAGCUGACUUGUUCCCGGACCGAGUCAAUUUUUGGGCCAGUAUUCCGCAUCGUGGCAAAGUCCAAGUCAAUCUCGAAGAUCAUCGUGCAAGAGACGAACUGUAAAUUGGAAAAGCAUUGCCAAUUAUUAUCAGCGUGAAAUACAAAAUGCAGCGAGUGAGAAGCAUUUGAAGAAACGAGUGUCAGCUUCGAUAUUGUAGAAAAUUUUGUAAAAAAUGGAGAACUGAACGUAGAAACUGACGAAACUUACAGGAGAAUCUUGGGUGAUAAGGAGCAAUGAAAGUGAUUUUUGUAAGCGUUUUUAGAUGAUGCAAACGCAAACUUCAGUCUCGGUGGUCGAAGAAAAAAUUGCCUCGAACCAACAAAGUACUAAUAUAUUCAAAAAGCUGUUCAACCGUACCGUACAAAUAUAAAAAUAUUCCAAUGAAAA